AGCUUCAGUGAGUGGGAGGAAUCCGAGCAGCGGAGGAUGAUGCUUAUGGCUGUCACAUCCCGAGGACCACCAGCGACACUUCAAAUGUGUGAUGUUAAAAGCCACUGCGGCAAGUGAACGAUGGCCUCGGUUGGCGUUUUCGCGGGGCUCAUAGUGGUGGUCACCAUCCUCUCUAAGUCGCAUGCGGACCGCAACGUUUAUCCUUCUGCCGGAGUGCUUUUCGUUCAUGUGCUAGAGAGGGAAUACUUUAAAGGGGAGUUCCCACCGUAUCCAAAAGCAGGUGAUUCGAGUAAUGACCCCAUCACAUUUAACACCAACCUUAAAGGCUAUCCCGACAGGCCUGGAUGGCUGCGGUACAUUCAGAGAACCUCUCAUAGUGAUGGAGUCCUCUAUGGCUCACCAACCGCUGAACAUGUGGGCAAGCCGACUAUCAUCGAGAUUACCGCGUAUAAUAAACGCACUUUUGAAACUGCCAGACACAACUUGGUCAUAAACAUCAUGUCUACAGAAGAAUUUCCUCUGCCCUAUCAGGCUGAGUUCUUCAUCAAGAACAUAAAUGUUGAGGAGAUGUUAGCCAGUGAGGUGCUGGGAGAUUUUCUCGGUGCUGUCAAGAACGUGUGGCAACCAGAGAGGCUCAAUGCCAUCAACAUCACUUCAGCGCUGGACCGGGGCGGACGAGUGCCAUUACCCAUCAACGACCUGAAAGAGGGCGUGUAUGUGAUGGUGGGAGCAGACGUACAGUUCUCGUCGUGCCUUCGGGAGGUGGAGACCCCACAGAACCAGCUGCGCUGCAGUCAGGAGAUGGAGCCCGUCAUCAGCUGCGAUAAGAAGUUCAGAGCUCAGUUUCACAUCGACUGGUGCAAGAUCUCUCUGGUGGACAUCACUAAGGUUGUUCCUGUGCACAGUAACCGUCCAGAUCUGGGCACAGGUGUGCUGCCGGACAUCGGCGAGUACAACCCGCCUUCUGAGUCACUGAAAAGUAGAGACUAUUUCGCGGACUUCCUGAUCACCCUGGCGGUGCCCUCAGCUGUCGCCCUGGUCCUCUUCAUCAUCCUCGGCUAUUCCUUGUGCUGCCGACGGGAAGGGGUGGAAAAAAGAAACAUGCAAACACCAGAUAUUCAGCUGGUUCACCACAGCUCCAUUCAGAAGUCUACUAAGGAGCUUCGCAGCAUGUCUAAGAACCGGGAGAUUUCGUGGCCUCUCUCGACACUGCCCGUCUUCCAUCCUGUGAGCGGAGAGGUGGUGCCACCCAUCCACCCCGACAACUACGAGACCACCAGCAUGCCGCUCAUGCAGACGCAGACAAAUCUUCAAAGUCAGAUCCAAAUACCACAGCAGCAGUCCUCUGGAGAUAAUUAUUGUAUGUCGACUUUUCGGAGGCUAGAGGUAAAUGGUAUUCCUGAGGAGAGAAAGGUGGCCGAAGCUCUAAACCUGUGAUCUCAUGUGGCUUCAAUUCUGUGCCUGUUUAAUCUUGCCAAAUGUGCAUGUGUAGCUGUAGCUUCAAGCUCAUGUCUAAAAGUGCAUUAUCCAAACAUUAUUCAGUGUCAGAACUAAUGUUGAGAUGGGCACACUAAAAGAAUACUUUAAAAUAGAAUCCACAUUAAAUAUGUUGUCAAAUGUUCUAAUUUUAUUGUAUGAGCAACUAAUGAAGGCACAUUUACUGGGAUCUGAACAAGUUGAUAUUGUUUGUUUUGUUCUCUUAUAUGAUUAAAUGGGUUUUGAUAAAUUAAUACACUUGCCAGUAAAUAACUAUGCUGGCAUAUGUCUGUUUCUGAGGAUGUAAGGCAUUUAAACAAAUGAAGAUGAAUAAAAAAAAAAAAUUUUUUUUUUUAGAAGGGAUUUAUCGUCAACAUUGACUGUACAAUAAGAUGAAGGCAUUUCCAAAUUAAAUGAAUAAUUUCACAUUUUAGGACAAAACAUACUAUAUACACAAUUCAUUUGAGGCCUUUGGGGUUUCUUUAAAUAAAACU